AUGAAUACAUGCGAAAAUUAUUCAACAUAUUCUACUUCCUCGAUACAUCCUUUUACAUUUUAUCAAUCCUCAUCCAUAUUAACAUCCGAGCAGUCCAAUGGUCCAACUCAACUUUAUCAACCAUCAUUUAAGUCGUUCUCUCAACAAAGAUUAAACAGUUUAAACUUUUCAAAUUCAAAAAAAUGUUUAUUCUCAAUAGUUCCUUCGGAAAUUUUCAUAGUUAUAUGUUCACAUUUAACACCAUGGGAUCUAAUAUCACUCUCAAAUACUUGUCGCAAAUUUCAUGAUUAUUUAUGUUCAACAAUAUCUUUAACUACUCAAUUAAUCUGGAGAAAAUCCAGACUGAAUACCAUAUUCUUUCCUGAUAUACCUUCACCAUCAGGAAUUAAUGAACGUGAAUAUUGUUGUUUAUUAAUGCUUGAAAAAGGUUGCCAAUUUUGUGGACGAAAAGGUUAUAGGGAUGUACGAAUUUAUUGGACAUUUCGGGUUAGAUCAUGUUGGGAUUGUUUAAUGAAGCGAACAGUGUGUGUUGAAAGCGGAAAUGAAAUUCCUGAAUAUGCAAGUGGUUUACCAUCUACAAAAUUUCGAAUAAAUGGUAUGUAUGGAUCCGAAUAUAUAGUAUUCUGGGCUGACUCCAUCACUCGCGCAAAAUAUGAAUUCGAUAAUCUUUCAAAGAAUGAACGUACUGAUUGGAUAAAAAAUUCAAAACAAAGAGCUAAAGAAAUUGAAUUUGAUGCUAUGUACCGUGAAAAACUUGAUCAAAAAUUAUAUGAUUUAUCAAUGUAUCAUAAAAAAUGUCAAAUUCUUUUAUAUUAUGAAAUUUUGGCUUCAGAAUCAAAUUCCAAUGGUAAAAUACUUUAUAAUCGAUAUUUUUUAGAUAUGUGCCCUUCUUUAAAUGAUGUUAUGUUAUUACCGAAUCAUUUAUUUGCGCGAAUAGAUUAUGAUAGUUGGAAAAAUAAAAUGUUGGAAGAAUAUCGAAAUAUUGAAAUGGAACGAAGAAUAAUUCCAAAACGGUAUAAUCAAAUUAAAGAAAGAUUGGUCUUUUCACCCUUAUAUAAAUGUCCAGCUAUAUAUUGGAUACAACAUUGUCCUAGUUAUAAAUCACCACCAUAUCAUAAUAAUGAUGCAAGGAUUCCAUGGGAUGAAACGUUUUUGGAUAAAAUACUUGUACCAAGGAUUAUGUCGGAAGCUACAUUAUGCGUUAAACAAGCCGAUGAAACGAUUCUUUUGAUAAAAUUUGUCGAGGAUGUUUUAUGUAUGAGGAUUAGAACUGUAAAAGAUUCUUUGACAUAUGAGCUUGAAGUCAAGCGACAUAUAUAUUCUGAACAUUGUAAUUUAUAUCAGAAUUCAUUUGCAGAUUAUGAGGAAAUUUACGUAGAAUUGGAUUUAAAAAUG